AUGAACCUUAGCGAGAGUGAAGUUUCCUUGAAUAACGGAAUGCAAAGUUCAGAAGUUUCCGAGAGGACGUGGAAGAGUUUGUUGCGGAGAGAAAAAGGCAGAGGUAAGAGGGUACUCUUCAAACGACGGAACCCUAGCGUGGUUGUUAGCCGCCGCCAUAGGGCUAAUAAUGUGGACACUAUUGGCCUUCCUCUCGGAAUGUCAUUUGCGGCUGUUAUGGCUCAGGUGCUGUAUAGAAGAGAUGUAGCAGCUGAGAGUACGUCUCCAAGUCAUCUUUCCAUGAUGUGUUCGUCUGCCAUCAAGGAAUCUCUUGCCAGUGUUUUUGGAGAUAAGCUAGAUGGUUUAGCAAAGAACUUUGAACAAUCUUUUUGUAGCACAUUGAGUACACUUAAGUUAGUUUAUGAAUCAUCAAAGAGCGAUGAAGGAAAUAAAUUAAACAAUACGAAUAUGGAAAUUUCCAGUUCUAAAUUGACUAUUGACAAAGGAGAAUGCUCGGUUGAAAAUUUUAGAGAUGUUGGUCCUUCAAGACCAUCUGAUACUGAAAUCCAAGAUCAAUCAAUUUGUCGUGAUCCCCCUGAACAGGUCAGGGAUAACUUUCAUAUGGAUUCAAUCAGUCGUGAUUCUCCUGAAGAGGACAGGGACAGGGAUAACUUUUAUGUGAAUUCAGUUAGUCGUGAUUCUCCUGAAGAGGACAGGGGCAGGGAUAGUUUUCAUUUGAAUUCAGUUAGUCGUAAUUCUCCUGAAGAGGCCAGGGAUAUAUUUCUUAUGGAUUCAGUUACUCGUGAUCUCACAUUGUAUGAGCAAUCAAACCAAAUGGUUUCUUUUUCUCAAGUAUCUUUUGGAUCUGUGAUUUAUCCUAUGCUUAGCAUUUUUAAGAAGUAUGCCGAAGAGCAAUGUCGUUCUAAUGACCUCAAUGAACUUGCAAUUGAACUUAAAAAGGAAGAAUUGGCUAUUAACCGUGAUUCAAAUGAUCUAAGCAGAUCGAAAUUAGCCAUGGGAGAAUCAAAGGCAUCUUUCAAAGCUGAAAAGUUUAAGACUGAGUUAGAAGAUACGAGGCAUGGUGAACUCAAAAAGAAAUGCAUAGACUGUCUUAUUACUGGUUUGCUCAUUAUGUCAUUCUCACUUUUGUAUGGUGCAUAUGUUUAUUCCUAUGAACGGAUUGCUGAAGCUACCGAAUCAUGUACACCAUCAACCCAGGCAAAAUUGUUUUUUCUGUGGUUUAAAGUGGUUACAUCAGUAGAAUCUUCCUCCUGGUGGACUCCUAAGUCAGUGGCCACGUUCAAUUUAAAGUUGCAUAUCGUGUGGUGCCAGGUUCAAGUUAUGAGCCGAAUGGUGUUUGGUGUCUUGAUGAUUUUUGCAGUUGCAUAUUUGCUCAUGCAGCGGUCAUCAGCAUCAUCGCAGACUAUGCCUGUUACUUUCAUCCUUUUAAUGUUGGGUGUUGGUUGUGGCUAUUGUGGCAAGCUGUGUGUAGAGACCCUGGGUGGGAGUGGUAAUGUGUGGCUCUUAUACUGGGAGGUUCUAUGUUUGCUGCAUUUCUUAUCCCUCUGCUGGACAUCUGCUUUGUUCCGAAUCCUUCAUGGACCAGUCACUGGAUGGCAAACAACGCAAAAGAAUACAAUUUUUGGGUAUUGGAUUCGCAGAGUUCUGUUCUACACUAUCUUGCUAGUGUUCCUACCAUUAUUUUGUGGUCUCAUGCCAUUUGCUAGCCUUGGUCAAUGGAAAGACCAUUUUACAUUGAAGGGGUCAGAUUUUAACGGAUCCGAAUGGUAA